UGCUCCACAAAUUUAUUCUUUUAAAGCCAUUUUCUUUACAUCUCUUCUCCAUUCAAUCUCUGACUCAAACUCAGACUUCCGUCACCUUUUUUUUUUUUAUCUCCUCUCUCUCUCUUCUCUCUCUUCCCUUUCCCUUUGCCUUAAAUCUCUUCUCUAUUAACAAAUAAUUUAAUCAACUCCUAGGUGUUAAAUUUUUUGCUGUAUAUAUAUUUUAUCAUGGAUGCGGCAGAGCUACAAAGAGUUUUUCAAAUGUUUGAUAAGAAUGGAGAUGGCAAGAUAACAAGGAAAGAACUCGGUGAGUCGCUACAAGAUUUGGGUAUUUUUAUAUCCGACAAAGAGUUGAUUCAAAUGAUAGAAAAGAUGGAUGGUAAUAGAGAUGGGUUUGUGGAUAUUGAUGAAUUCGGAGGAUUAUAUGAAUCGAUAAGUAACGAGAAGGAUGAAGAUGAAGACAUAAGAGAAGCAUUCAAUGUUCUUGAUAAGAACGGCGAUGGGUUUAUCACGUGGGACGAGUUGAGGUCGGUUUUGGCGUCGUUGGGGCUGAACCAAGGAAGAGGUUUAGAAGAUUGCAAGAGGAUGAUAAAGAAGUUGGACGUCGACGGCAAUGGGAUGGUCGAUUUCAAGGAGUUUAAGCAGAUGACGAAAGGUGGCGGAUUUGCUGCCCUAGAUUCAAUUUAAAUUCUCACAUGCAUAGAGAAGAUUAAAUUAUUAUGGACUUAAUAUUUCUGGGGAAAAAUAAAAAUAUAGAGAGAGAGAAGAAACUUUUUGCGUUUUGUACUGGAGACCCUCUUUGUAUUAUCUGUAAUAAAAUAAUUGAGACUUUGUUUUUUAUUUUUUUAAAUCAGGGGAUUUGGAAGAAAAUUUUUUAAAAAUUAAAGUGGAAAGAAACUUAAUUUUGCAAAUAUGAAGUUUCUUUUUCAUUCUAAUUUGUAAAGAAUUUUCUUAUUGUCCCUAGAUUUGAAGAAUUGCUCAUACGUGUCAUUUGUGAUAUGAGGGCUUAUAUAUAAUUAAGUUAUGGUUGUUGUA